AAUGACGUCAUAAGCGAUUGGCGUUGGCUUGAUUAGAAUGAAGGCAGACGAGACAAGCUGCUCGACGUUCAGUUAUCGUUCACUCACCUGUGGAAGCUGGUCACCUUCUUCAUGUCAGUGUUCUAUGGCCCUUAACAGCAUAAAAAAGCCCAGCUCCAGCAAUAUCAUCAGCAGCAGCAAUCUCUCCACAAAUCCCCAUCAACAAAAGCUGUUUAGCAUACCAAAUCAGGAAACUGGUCUUUACGAAUACAAAGUGUUUGGCUCGCUGGACAGCUGCAAGGCGGAGCUUUGCGCCGACGUCUACAUGGACCUGGCCUACCGGAAGCAUUGGGAUCCCUACGUCAAAGAGCUGACGGAGAAGGAGAUUGAUGGGCGGCGGGCUAUCUACUGGGAGGUCGCGUACCCCUUCCCGCUGUCCAACAGGGACUACGUGUACGUCCGCGAGCGCCGCCUACUGGACGUGGGCGGCAGGAAGAUCUGGGUGGUCCUGGCCAGAAGCUCGCCCGAGACGCCGUACCCGGAGAAGAACGGAGUGCUGAGGGUCAAAGACUACAAGCAGACCAUCGUCAUGGAGGCCGACGGCCACGCUGGAACCAGAGUGUUCAUGAAUUACUUUGACAAUCCUGGUGGGAUGAUUCCCAGCUGGCUGGUCAACUGGGCGGCCAAGAGCGGCGUUCCCGCCUUCCUCACUGACAUGAAGAAGGCGUGCGCCAACUAUCCACUCUACUGUCAGAACAAAUGAGGACACUUGACAGUCCGCAAAGUGAGUGACGGGGAUGUCGGCUGACUUGCUGUCUUUUAAUUACACACAAAGACACACACUCCACGACUUUAAGUGCAAUCCGAGCCUUUUGUGGAGGCUUUAAUCAUUUCAAGGCAUGUUCGCUUGUGUGGUUUUCUACGCGUUUACUGUCAAAAUUACAUCAGCAAUGCAAACCAUUCUUUUAAAAAAAUAUUUACUAUAAUUCAACUGUAUGUUUAGUGUGACCGUUAAUUUUCUCACAACGGCAUGAACCAGCGUGGGCAAACAUUUGUGCUGAAUAGCCAAUCAAUACAAAAAGCCAACUUGAUGUAAAAAGGACUCCGGGAUUUCUUGCUCAUUGUGAAAAUGUAUUUUAGAAGUGAUCAUUUUUCAUUUGGUUGAGAGAAAUAAAAAAAAAACGAAUUUCUGCAUCAAUGCUGUGUGAGGUCAUUACCACUAGAUGGCAGUAUCACCCAAGGCGUGGACUUGUAUUGCUUAUGUUGUCCAAGCGAAACGGAACAGAACAAAACUUUGGUGCGCAGGUUCUUUACCGUACCAUUUGGAGGGGAGGUCAGAGGUCAGGGCCACAUCUUACGACUUUGCCAAAUCUUAAUUCAGGCACGGGGUGGGGGGGGCGAAGGAGUACUGACAAGUCGGCCCGGGAGGAAUAACAGAUUUGUUGCUUUUUUUUAACAGGCGCAAUAGGCAUAAAGAAAUAUGUCCGGAGCGAAUUUUCCGCCGACUGUAAAAUAAACGUAUUUCUUGGCCAGCCUUGUGAUUGGUCAUCCACUCGGCUAACUGUGGCAAUGCUGAAGACCAGUCUCUUGUUGAACACCAAUAUUCUCUAUUAUUAUUGUCGUUAUCUUCCCCACUCUUCAGACAGACUCCGCCUUCCAUAUUUCUUCAUCCCAAUUAAGAAAACAUUCAACUUUCCAAAUAGUCCCAAAAUUCAGGACACGUUAGGUAGUAUUUUUUUCUUUCACAUUCCCAAAACUUCGACUUUCCUCACAAUUCUGAUUGUUACGCAAUCCCCCAUUCAAGAGAUAUUUGACACCUGCGCCUCCUCCUUCCACAUUUCUUGAUGCAGUCAAACCAUUCCAAGUGUCCCAUUCGACAUUUCAGCCUGGAUGUGAUGUCGGCCAGCUGCGGGCAAUGGAAUGUUGCGCCCCACCUUGGUCCUAUCUGUUGCUACUGAGGCUACUGUGUGUGCCGAACUUUAAACAAGAUCAACAGGGUCAAGUUUUGUGCGGCCCAGAGAUGACAUACGUUGCGAAAUCAGAAUCAAAAUGAUUGCAACAACUCAUCAAAGAGAGAGUCACAUAUUUUUAUUUGAGUAUUCAUAUUUGUAUUAGAAUUUUUUGUGGUGACCACUGCUGCCAGCCUCCUAUUUGGUAGCUGACACUGGUUCGGUGCUUUUCUGUCACAUUCCAAAAAUUCCUACUUUCCCCUCCAAUCUAACGUGUUUCAAAACAUUCAAACGCCUCCCAUUCCAACGAUUCAUUUCAAUCAUUUCCGCAGCGUCCACACGCAAUUUCUCCAGAAAUUGCAAAUUGUCGAGUCCCGAAAGAGAAAGCCACACACAAGGCUGGCUGCCCCCCCCCCCCACACACACACACAAUCCCCCCCACCCCUCCGCACUCGUCCCUAAGAAGCUCAGAUUUCCCAGGUGCCUCUCUGUCUGCCAGACGUAACAAAAUAACGUCUCUGCUGGCCAGCUUAUUUUUCAAGCGCUUUGCUGUCUUUUGGCUCAUGUCUGCACCAGAUGACCGCAGCAGAUAGCCGCCGUGCGCUUCUGCUUCUUCGUCAUCGUCCAUCACCUUUUGUCUCCUUCUUCUUGCUUGCCUCGGCCCACAGCGGCGCCAUCAACACUUCAUGCUCAGUAAUGAUGCUUUUUUUUUUGGACCAAGUUAGGCAAUCUGCAAACUUGAUUUAGAAUUUCACCUUUGCCCACGUGGAGGAUCGUCGACAUGUUCCUGGAUUGUGACAUCAUAUUUUCAAAGUCAUGUCUUUAAAUUCGUAAGAAAUGAAAUCAGUCGAUCGGAAUCCUUUUUGAGAUGUUCCUCUUGCGUGUUUGAUUUUGGAAAUUGUCUUCACCCCCCCAUCGGAUUACUGAGUCGCGUACAGCAGUUGAGUGAGACUCUGUUAUGCUGCCCCCGGUGGCCAUGUGGCCCAAAUUGCAAUUUCAGAAAAUGAACAAGCCUCAAUCUUGCUCCCGGGUUGGUCGCUUGUGCUGCCCUCAGGGUUGUUAUCUUUCCAAGCGAGAAUGCGAUGACAUCCUCCCGGAGAAAUAUACGACCCGGAUUAUUAGGAGGGGUCGCGUGACAUCCGAGCCCUUUAAGUGCUUUACCUGCCGCCGCAUUUGUCGGCUUGGGAUUUAUUUUCUUGGGAAAUGUGCGAUUGUGGGAACAUGGGGGCAAUGUGCAAAUUGGGCUGCCCUCAGUGAGCUGAACGUUUUCAAGUGGAGAAGCACUGUUGAUACUCUGUAGAGAUUAUAUUCAUUUCGUAAAAUGUUGCUGACAAAGCAAUUUGAAUGAUUUUCUGCCUUCUGCGUGUACAAUGUUUAGUUCUCUCUUUAUGGAUUAGCUUCAAAGUAAACUUGAAAUGACAAAAAUAACUUGAAACAA